AUGGUUAUCAAACAAAACCGCCAGAUCCUCAUGCUGUCCUUAAUGGGGAAAGCGAUGGAUGGGGUGGCUCGCCAGCUUACCAGAGAUGUCAAACGCUUUAUUUGGCACGAAGGCGAAAAUGAAAUUAUUCAGUCAUCCUCGGAAGAGGAGACGGAGGAACCGAUAAUAGAAACAGAAGACCCUGUUAAGAAACGAAAGCCAAAAGUACCUAAAAAGAAGGUUGGAUUUCAGGUGGUGCAACCAACACCCUUGAAAACCGAAAAGAGGAUCGCAGAGGGGGCAGCUCUUAUCGAAGAAGAAGAAGUAGAAGAAGAAGACGAAGAAGUAGACGAUAUCCACGAGCUCUUGCGGAUGAUUGCCACUGAGAAAUGGUUUCCGAGAGGAAAGGAGAUUUCACCCGAGAACACCCUGGAAGUCCUCAUGAGACUGCUUGAGAGAGCGAGUACCCCGAUCAGGAGAGACGUGAUGAAGUAUAUUGGAGAGUUCUACAGGACCUUUGGUUUGGCUGCUGACAAAAAGGGCCAAAUCAUAACAACUUUACAAGGGUUGUUGCAACAUGAAAACGUAUUUAUCCGAGUGGGAGCCGUGAAAUUGCUCGGUGAGCUCGGGUUAGCCCGGCGAGAUAUCAUCUUGGGGUUGUUGCCGAUGCUCGUGCAUGAGGAGCCUGAACUUCGGGGCACCGCAGUGGCCACAUUCAGAAAACUGACCGGCGUUAUGAACAAGGACGGUCUGCUCCAUCUUCUUACCGAUCUCGGAGUCAUAGGCCGACAGGAAGAUGGUUAUCUCAUCGAAGAUGCUGCACUCCAGAUUCUUGCAAACAAUCUAGGCCAGGGAGAAUGUGACACUAGGAAUGAUUCGGUUACCCUCGGAGAAGAUGGCGGUGCAAGUCCUUCAACAGCCCUCCCGAUUCUUUCCAAAAAUCGAGGCCUUAGAGAAGAUCGCGCGAGUCAUUCAAUAGUAGUCAACGGGACUUUCUCUGACUUGAUAGAGUCGUGGGUCAACGGUCUUGAUAGUUCGCAACGUGAUGACUUGUAUGACCCACUCGCCAAGGCCAGUCACACUGAAGGUUUCGGUCCAGAUGGACAGCCCCUCUCGGCAACCAGCAGCUUCGAAAGCGUAGGGGCCUCUCCCAGGGAGCCAGACCUGGGUGACGAUAAGGGUAAGAAGAGAAUGGCACCAGACAGAAGUAUGACUGUAUGUGUCAGCGGACAGGAUGCGGCGGCGGCGGCGGCGGUGGAUAGAACGAGUGGAUCCAUUUCUUCGUCUCCAAAAGUCACCCUUCUUGACAGAUCGACUGAUUCCCUGAACGCCGCCAGACGGGGUAUCAUCGGCCCCUUAGAAGCUGCAGAAAGUCGGAAGAGAGUACGCCGUCAGAGGAGAUCCGAAUCCAAGGCCACGGACAAUACGAGUAUUGAUGGUUCGACAACCAGUAUGUCUGGGGCAGGCUUUUCUGGGACGCACGACUUUUCGGACCAGAAGCAGAAACGGAGAAAGGACUCGCUCGGCCGGCUAGCGGAGUCUUACAGACAAAAGAGUCAGGAUGCACUGGAUAAGAAACAGAGGAAGGAUUCGCUUGGCCGGCUGGCGCAGACCUACAGGAAGAAAAGCCUGGGGUUGCAGGGGUCGAAAACACAGAGCAGCGCAGAGAGGUCAUCAAUAAAGGGCUCUAAAUACAGGCAGAAUAGCCAGGAGUUCAUGAAGCUGAGAAGACAGAACAGCGCAGAUGGAACAUCAAUGAAAGACUCUCUGUACAGGCAGAAUAGCCAGGAGGUCCUGAGGUCGAGAGGAGAGAACAGCACAGAUGGAACAUCAAUGAAGGACUCGCUGUACAGGCAGAAUAGCCAGGAGGUCCUGCGGUCGAGGAGACAGAAUAGUGCGGAGAGUGUUGACAGUUUUGAGAAGGGGAGGAAAGGUGAGGACAGGGACUCGGAUAUUUACUCCGCAUCCUUUGGUCUCGGCAGUCAACUCCUGGACGAUGGCCGCUCUCAAAAGACAGGCCAGACUGGUGUUGGAUUAAAAUCUGAUGAUUCCGGCAUUGGUCAGUUCUCGGACUCCGACAGUCACAUGACAGAAGCACGUGACAAAUAUGGUCGCAACCUAGCAGGUAGUUUCGCGCCUCCCAUGUCUCCUGUCAGUGAUGGGACAGUGGAAUUGGAACAAGGUGAACCAAAUUGGCGACAACUUUUCGACGACCCCCUCACCAUCGAGGGACUACCACACAUGGAGCAGAGACGCGUCAAUGCUGAUCAGCUCCGACGCACUACGGACGCAAUGAAUGCCCGUCACAGCAUCAACUUCCCACCCAUCCGUUACCUCGGAGAAAACGAGAAGCUUCUCCCGGGGGAGGCAGGUCAGAGGCUGCUCCACAGCAUCCAGGUGAAGGCUGGGCCGGGAAAGUCGCCGGACUCAAAGUCCAAGUGGUACCGCAUCGAUGCCAUCCCAGGGAGACUUGGGCUACAUACAAGCACCGAGGAUUCUGGUACAAGUAAGUUCGGCAUCCUUAAGAUGAAAUGGACUACAGACAUGCCCCACUAUGAUCCGUAUGCGUAUCAAAAGCUGCCGUUAGGUUACUAUACCAUUCCGGGAGGGACACUCCCCAAAAUUCAGAAGGCUUCACAGACAAGGAAUAUCCCAAUCGCGAGGCCAACCUCCCCUGGUACAAAACUCACAUCGCUACCCUUCAUUGAUGUCCCCAUCCCGAUAUCAAAAGCAAGAUACGAAUGGGACCGUCCAAUGCCUCCUGCACCGCCCAGGAGGUCUCGGAUGGACCUUCCGAUCAUCCGGACGGAACAUGAUCGAUACUGUCAAUAUUAUAAGAUAGCUAAAGAGAAGGAAGAGGAACGAAAACAGGAAGCAAUGAAACUUCCAACGAUCACCCCGACACGGUCAGGGACCCUCGGGGUUGUUCCAUCCCCAGCCUCCAGCCAUCAGCAGUCACCAAGAGAGUUAGAAGAACUAGAGUUGCCGCCCAUCACCGCUGGCAUGAUACUGGGAGCUGAAUGUUGAAAUGCCGAUCAGUGUGCUGACAAAAACAUCAUUGUAUCAAGAGUCAAAUUUGUCAAAUGUAUUGAAAUUCAAUAAACUUCGAAGAGUAGAGGCAUAUGGUCACAUCCGUGUCUUUCCACGUCGCACCAGAGCUACAUGUUGCCUCAUCUUGCCCUCCCACACCAGCUGUCUCACCAGUACAGGCAUGGGCCACAUUCUUGUCCUUCCACGUCACACCAGAGAACUACAUGUUGCCUCCUCUUGUCCUCCCACGCUAGCUGGCUCACCAGGACAUCUCUCAAUUAAGGACAGCAUUCGUCAGUCUCAAGGGUGACCA